GAAAAGUUCUCUCCUGUCCUCUUUCUUUCGGCUCCUGAGCCGAUUGUACUAAUUUAUGAAUGACUGAGGAAGGAUGCUGUGCAACUUGAGAAUACUUUUCUCAUCUGGACGCACGGUGGCCGUGUUGGAUGGCCGAGGGGGAACGUGAUGCUGUACUCUGCGCCUCUUGAGCAGGGAUGACCGAAGCCUCCCGGCGUACACCCUCAUCCUGCCCUUCGUCCUCUUUCUCCUCUGCCUCGGCGCUCACACUUUUCCCUCGGACCCCUACUGGCAUGCGAGGGGUUAAGCAAGCAGGAUUUUCCUAUCCACCUCAAUCUUCUCUCCAACUGUGUUGUGAACCUGCUCCUCAGCACCACACUUGACCCGAAGGCUUCCCAGGCAAAACAAAGGAAUUAACCAUGAACUUUGCUCUCGCCAGGAGACACAGUGUGCCCUUAAACAGGAGACUGUGAGAUCUGAUGAAAGUUAACUGAGAUCUUUCUGAAAAUGACAAAUCCAAUCACUCUUUUCAUGGCUGGAUUUUAAUAAACACAAGGAGACCAUGGAGGGAGAUGGUGUCCUGAACUCCACUGUAAAUACCAGCACAAUGGAUAUCCACCUGGUCCCCCACAGUCUGUGGGAGGUGAUCACCAUUGCGACUGUGUCGGCCAUAGUCAGCCUCAUCACCAUUGUGGGCAAUGUUCUGGUGAUGCUCUCCUUCAAGGUCAACAGCCAGCUGAAGACGGUGAAUAAUUACUACCUGCUGAGUCUGGCAGCCGCUGACCUCAUCAUAGGUGUCUUCUCCAUGAAUCUGUAUACCUCGUAUAUAUUGAUGGGCUACUGGGCCUUAGGGAACCUCGCCUGUGACCUGUGGUUGGCGCUUGACUAUGUCGCCAGUAACGCCUCGGUCAUGAACCUGUUGGUGAUCAGUUUUGACAGAUAUUUUUCCAUCACCAGGCCUCUGACCUAUAGGGCCAAGCGGACUCCCAAACGAGCUGGGAUCAUGAUCGGUUUGGCCUGGCUGGUGUCGCUUAUUCUGUGGGCCCCACCUAUUCUCUGCUGGCAAUACUUUGUAGGAAAACGUUCUGUCCCUGAGAGGCAAUGCCAGAUCCAGUUUUUCUCUGAGCCUGUGAUAACCUUUGGGACAGCCAUUGCUGCCUUUUAUAUCCCCGUAUCAGUCAUGACCAUCCUAUAUUGUCGAAUCUACAAGGAGACAGAGAAGAGAACCAAAGAUCUGGCGGAGCUGCAGGGGAUUAGCUAUCCCACUGACCCUGGGGUCCCCCACCCUCAGAAGACCAUCAUCAGAUCCUGUUUUAGCUGUAAAUUGAGGUCGGCUUCACAUGACAGGAAUCAAGCCUCUUGGUCCUCCUCCAGCAGAAGCAAUGUGGCCAAAUCAGCAGCCGCCACCAACGACGAGUGGUCCAAAGCUGGUCAGCUGACCACCUUCAACAGUUAUGCCUCGUCCGAGGAUGAGGACAGGCCUGUGUCUCCAGGGGGCUUCCAGCCCUCCUUCAGGAACCAGGCUUGUGAGACCAUCAAGGCUGGAGUGGGCAGCGAGAGCGAGCAGCUCAGCAGCUACGAAGAGGAUAGCUUCUUCCAGACGCCACCCAAAAGCAACUCCCAGAAGAGCAGCAAGUGUGUGUCCUACAAGUUCAAGCCUGUGGCCAAAGAUGCUCACGUAGAGCACCACAGCAAAAACGGAGACACCAAAAUGGCGACGUCGACAUUCUCCUCCGCCGAGUCCAUGAGCGUCCCGUCCACCUCCUCGACGUCGAAGCCCAUAGACGCCACUCUGAAGAACCAGAUCACCAAGAGGAAGAGGAUGGUGCUGAUCAAGGAGAGGAAGGCAGCUCAGACUCUCAGCGCCAUCUUGCUGGCCUUCAUCCUAACAUGGACGCCUUACAACAUCAUGGUGCUUAUUUCCACCUUCUGCUCAGACUGCAUUCCCCUCUCACUCUGGCAUCUGGGCUACUGGCUGUGCUACGUCAACAGCACCGUCAAUCCCAUGUGCUACGCCCUUUGUAACAAGACUUUCCAAAAGACCUUCCGUAUGCUCUUACUUUGCCAGUGGAAGAAGAAGAGGAUUGAGGAGAAGCUAUACUGGUAUGGACAAAACCCCGUGGUUAGCUCCAAACUGACAUGAACUGUUGUUUUUUUUUUUAAGAUGGCGUAUGGCUGUAAAUUAUAUGUUUGUGCUAAUAAUCUUGGCUUUAUGAACUUGAAUUCUACACAGUAUUAAAAUAAUAUUAUAUCCAGGAGCUGGUUCAAUUUAUAAUUUAAGUUGCUCAGUAAUCAGUAGGUCAGCCACAGUAUAUGUUAAUUACUGCUCCAACAUUGGAAAUGGAAAAACAUUAUAAAAUUGUCCAUAAUAAUACAAAAAUAAAACAUAAUCAGCGACACUGUAAAUAGAGUCUAAAAUAUUAAAAAUACCAGUAUUUUCCCCUCAAAUGGACGCUCUUAUGCAGAAUGUUCUAUAUUGUACUGUAUUCGUAUCAAGAUGCACAGUUUCAUAUCUUGAGCAUGAUAAAAUUGCUCCAAUCGAAUAAUUUAGACCCUAUAUUGGUUUUAAGAAAUGCCGGUAUCCUCCCCUGAACUGAUGCUCUUACACCUAACAUGUCAUAACACAUGCAGUUGUAUUCUGUAGGUAUUGUGUUUGUAUUGAAGAUGCACAUUUUGGAAUUUCUAUUUUAUUUUAAAUGGCUAAUACAUGUUGUCCUGAUGUCAGAACCUGUUCGCUAAGUCAAGUUUGUAACUUGAUGAUAAUCAAAGCCUUUUCACAUGUGCCAUUGUAAUUUGUCAGAUGAGGGAAUAUAGCUUCAGCUUCGUUUUCACAUUUCAUCUUCUGCACUUUCUGUCCUGGAAAAUGUCUGCGGAAAAUAUUGAGUAAUGAUUCCAUAAAUUAAAUUACAAAUAUUACUGAACGCUUCUGGUCCAGCCCACAACCCUUACAAAAUAAAAGACUUAUUUUACUCAAACUACAUGUCAAACUUCCUAAACAAUGUCAGUGUUUACACACAUUGUGGAGGAUUCAAGAGUACACCUUGUUUAUUAUAAGUUUAUUAGUUUUCAUCCUCAGGAUAUUUUUUUUUUCCAUGAGCAUUGUAAUACAGUAUUUUUUUUUCUCUGAAUAUCUGUAGUUAAAUCAAUAUGCCCUCAUAUCUUCAUUGUAUUUCUGGCAAACGUGUAAUGUACUGUGACAAAUAAAAUGCUGUUUGUGAAAUGUUGUUUUGUGUCAGCAUUGGAUGGGAGCUAUUUUACAUGCGUCAUAAGCUAUAAUGUCAUGAAACCUUUUUUUUUUGUAACUGUGAUAAUAAAGAAAUCUGCACUUGCAAUUUGGGGAAUGAUGAGUGGCUUUGCUUCAUGUAUUAACAUGGUGAAUGAUGGAGACAAAGCUAGAGAUAAAACCCUACUGCAUUUUUAUACUGUGUUCCAAGUUUGUGAUUCAUUUUCUUGUUCUCAGUAUUUUGUGAUCAUGUCCAUGAAUUUCUGAAUAAAAUGUGGUGAGUUGAUUGUCCAGAGAAA